AAUAAAACAGGUAAUUAUAUACAAACCCAUUUUUGAAAACAUUCCAAAACUUUUAAACGAUAGGAAACAUGGAUUUAUAAACAAAUGAUAUUUGCAAAAAUGGAUUUUCAGUUAAUAUUUUUCGUAUUCUACGGAAUUUUGUCAACUGCUACGUCCGAAAAGUAUGUGUUUCCGUCAGGGGACGAGUUUACCCUAGUGGACGAGAGCACUCUGCCUGACCCCAGCCUGUAUGCUGAUGUGCAAAAUACUGGGAGUUUAUUAAUCGACUCGCAAGAAUCGACAAAAACAUUAGAGAAACGUCUCGGGAAGAAUGUCCCGGUGUCAAAGUUCAUGUCAAAGGUCUCCGGAGCACGUUAUGUUCGUGCACACCCAACUUUUAUGAAAUGUCUGCAACAAGUUAUUAUGAAACUUCGACAGCGAGGAAUCAUGGUGGAAUUACUGAAAGGAUUCAUCACGAGCUCCGAGUCUACCGGAAGUGUAGAGGAUCAGUACCUGCAGUCCGGGUGUGGUGCCGAGCUCGCUAUCGCCAGUGGUUCUUCUGGAACAGUUACAGACAUUGCAGAGACUGCGUUCAAAGUUUGUCCGGUCAUUGUAGAGAGGGAAAUGCGAGACCUGUAUGUAAAAUUGAUGUCAGGCAAGGUCCAUUUCCACAUGGCAGGCCCGGAGCCUACAGGUCCUACAUUCAUGAUUGAUGGAGUAAAUGGUAUCACUGACCCCAAAACCCAAGCUGAGGUUUGGACUAACGAGGGUCUGGAGCCUCCAGCGGACACUGACUGCAGUAACUUUAGUACCUUGGCAAGCGGCGAACACUACCCGGCGAGGUUCAAUCAUGAGCGUGUACUGGGCAACAUUGAUGUCAAGGUCACAAGGAAUAUGACAGAGUUUGGAAGGCUAGUUCAGUACCAGGGGACCAAUAUUGAAUUUGAGAACAGUGAAGCAAUGGCGUCUUGGUGCGGUCAGGCAGGGAACACGUGUCCAAGCACGUGUGCAAAUGGUUUGCAAGGGAACACGCUAAACGAAAGGUGCGCAGACAGAAUUAUGUCCAGUAGACUGUUGGCUGUCCUCAACAAGUUACAGAGGAAAGCAAGAAAAGCAUUAAAUGAUAAACUGAAGGUUCUUGAAGCUUGGGAUGAGCCUUACGACGGGCAGGACCAAGGAGAUAGUGCAGAUGACCCAUUGCACUAUGAAGGUCGUGCUGUCAAGGUCACAUUGUCGUCCGGCAGUACAGUUAAACUGGGUGAACUUUCGAAAUAUGCUAUUUGUGCUGGAGCAGACUAUGUGGAACACAGAGGUACAUAUCUAUACAUUGGCGCCAAAGCAUAUACGAAAGGAGGAGCUAAAGUCUUAUUCCCAAAUAUAGAACUUCUGGAAGUUGACGUACCGAUAGCAGUAGAAAAUUUGUACAAACUUCCAUCAGCGUUCUCAGAAAAAGAGAAAAGCCAAUACCCGCUGUUUGACGGAAGUGGAAAGCUGAAUGCAACCUUAUCUUCCGGUGUCACCGUAGGUCAGUUCGUUUCCAAGAAUUAUCGUUACUUCCGAUUGAAUCCCCGUCUUCAUGAUUGCUACAUUGAUAUUGUAUAUCACGAGAAUAAGAGGCAGAAAUCAACAGAUGCUAAGAUAGAGAUCGAGGUGGUGAGAGGGUUUCUCACAAAUAUAGAGAAUAACAGAAAGUUCGAUGUGAUUAAUGACAAACGAUUUAACAGACACAAUCUCGGCCUUGCUUUACAGUUGAAAUACAAGGAAUCGCCAAAUCUACCAGCUACACAUACACCUUACAGGUUGUUCAAAACCGCUAUAGAUAAAUGUGCACCAAGGUUCUACAUGUCAAAUAACGCUAUGGGUAUAGGCUUAUACAAGGACAGUAUAUUUGUCGACAUGCGAGCAAAGUUUCAUAUUAUGAAGCAGAGCGUAGAAAACCUUCCUGUUGGUGUUAACCCUAAUACGUUUGAGGACGAAAUGGAACGGAGAUUUUACUUGGCAAGAGGAGGAAAGAUAGUGGACCCAGAGAAUGUUACAAGCGCCUGUUUAUUUCAAACAGCUCCUAAACCCCAGUCUCAAGAUUUCAAGCACGUACAUUCAGAGGUCGUAGAGCGGAAAAGACGCCGCAAGAGAUCUGAUGACGACAAUUCCUGUGUACCAACACGAUACACAAAGUUCUGUUCAUCCACAGAGCCACACCGCCAGGCUGUUAUUGAUGAUAUUACUGGUAUGCUGGACCGAAAACACUACAGGGGUAGAACAAGGAACGAAAUCAUGGGUGCGCUCAAAGGAUGCUUGUUGGAUUGUGGAACGUGUCUGGAUGGUGAGAUAUACUUCAGUAAGACAGAACAUUGUAACAACCUCCUCCACUGGGUUGACUGGACCCUGCUCAAUGACAAACCGGAUGUCAGCAAUUUCUUUGUCAGGUCUAAUAGGAACGCCAACAUUCAUGCUUGUGAAGGCGGGAAUGACUGUAUAGAGAACGCCCCUUUGUUCUCUUUAUUCGCUCCAUCGGUUGAAACGAUAUACCGUCCCGAUCCAAAGAAGAGUGUUGAGGCGGAGUUGUAUUCCAUUGCUAACAACCCGAGCCCGGUAUUCCGGUUGAUGGAAGAUAUAUACGCCAUCCAGGCAUCCGGUAUUGUCAAGUUCUGGGUAAGAGAUGACACGGAGAUGACGGCACUCACACGACAACUUGAGGUUGUGAUGCUAUACAACAAGAAUGUGACACUCGUGCAGAUACACGUGGAGAGAUAUAGAAUUGCACGUGAUGCAGUUAAGAGUGUUGUCGAGAAAGCAGCAACAUCCAUGGCAAUCAACGGAUGUCCGGAAGUUGCUCGAGAAACAUUGACUCCGUACGAAAUUCUGGAGGUUCCCGCGGAAAAGAAGAAAAGAGCUGCAGAGCCCGCUUCUCUUCGCUAUCAAAUACGUGAUUACCACAAGAACUUCGAGGCCAGGUGGGCCAACAGACAUAUCUUACUCUGAGCAAUUUCAACGUAUUUGUUUCUUUAUGAAAUUCAUUUUCUGCCUCUUCUUUAUUCACGAUAUUUUUAUUUGUAGACAGUAGACGUGUCAUUAAUGUUUAAACAGAACAGUUGUACUUUUGUUCCACCAUACUGAGAUCCUGAUGUGAAACCUCUUCAUCUCUAAAGUGCCGUAUUAACCUGAUCUGAAAAAGAACACCGAGACAGGUCUUUUUCCUGGGGAGGGUUGUACAGGGGCUUAUGCACAUAGCGAAAGUAACAAGUCAACAUUAUACUUUUUCAUACAUAUAAAGUUACAUCGAUCAGGAACCAAGAUCUACAUGUCAUAUGUUAUGGUGUGUGUUUGAAGUUUAAAAUUCUAAAAGACUUUUGUCCUAAUGCAGAAUACAACAACCAUAACUCUUUUGGUCUUCAAAUCAGUGACAAAAGUAAGUCAUAGAAUAUGAUUAUGUGGCAUAUUACAAUGGGUUUACCAUUCAAGCACAGGGCAUUUUUCAUGAAAACAUAGGGACAAGUAGCAGACAAAUCAGAUAUUCCUCAUAUAUUCGUGUGCUAGGUGUUUGUAUAAAAUCAAUCUGCCUCACGGUGGUAUGUUUCUUUUUGCAAAACAAAAAUGCGAUUUUCUUAAAAACAAAUGCAUUUUAGAAUGUUUUUUUUCAUUUGUUCAAAAAAGCAAACAAACACACCGAGGCAUUAGUUACGGCACUGCUCUUCUACACAGACAUUAUUUCCUUGAUUAAUCCUUACUUCUUUACAUGUUUGCUGUAAGGCAUACAGACUUCGCAUGAAAAGUUCCGAUUGAUAUGAAGACAUCUGUAGUUUUGACAUUUAACUAAGUAUUCUUCCACGUAUAUUGCAUUUAUUUUAAUUGUUAUAUCAUUUGCACAUUGUAGACGUCGUCUUUUGUAUACGUUUAUUGAUUAUUUUCUAUUUCACUGCUGUUCUUGGUAUUAUAUGAGUUUUGAAACCUGUUCUUCUUAAACACUGAUACAUUUUAUUGUCUGUAAACAAUGGUAUUACUCAUGUAUGUUCAUAUUUUCUGUAUAUGAUUCAUUGACCUGACUAAAACAACACUCUUCUAGCUGUGUUUGCACUAAAACCACUCUUUGUGUUGCAUGUAUCGAACCUUUCGGUAAAAAAUAUAUGUGCAGAUUUGUUUACUAGGAAAAAGUAUGUAAACACAGCACAUCGGCAAGUCGACGAAAAUCUAGAAUAUGUACAUGGAAUAACUCAUUACAGGGCAUAUAAAUGCUAAUUCAGUACAAUUGGCUACUGUUCCUUUUGACUGGUUGAUAGACAAUUCAAUGGCGUUUAUUGCCACAAUCAUUGUAUUCAAAAUGACCAGAAUUAACUACAUGAUUAAGGCUAAUGCCAAACCAUAUCACUGAUUAGUCUCAUGAUAUAUACUAUGCCAAAAUAAUAUUUAUCUUUUCUUGACACCGCCAAUAAAAUUCCUUUGUUAGA